CCGGAGCUCGGCGCCCUGCCUCGGGAGGCGGGGUGGGAGUGCCUGCCUUCUUCCCUCCUCGGCCCUGCCCGGGCUCUGCUUGAGUUGCGCAGACCUUUGCCCCAGGCGGGCGCAGCCGAUAAGCGGGUUUGUACGCGGUUCUGGGCAGCGCUCCCCUUCGGAGUUACAGAUACGUGAAAAUUUGACAAUAUCCCCACCCACCGUUAGCAGUUGUUAGCACCUGAGAGGCCAGAGACGGUUUUUCUUUUCCAGGGAUAAAGCCAUGGCUGAAAUGAGUAAUAUCAAUAUACAAAAGCUUACCAUUGUUCAGCAAGCAAUAGCCUCUUGUUGUGGAGCUAUAAUUACAUCAUUAUUUGUAACUCCUCUUGAUGUUAUCAAAACUCGACUGCAAACCCAAAACAAUCCGUUCCAUAAAGGGAAGUGUUCGGUGUCCUCCAAUGGCCUUAUGGAUCAUGUAUAUGUUUGUGAAAAUGGGAACAGCAAAGCCAGGUAUAAAAAUCCUGGGCAUUUCAAAGGGACAUUGGAUGCAUUUGUGAAAAUAAUUCGAAUAGAGGGAAUUAAGUCGCUGUGGAGUGGACUUUCCCCAACACUAAUAAUGGCAGUUCCUACCACAGUAAUCUAUUUUACUUGCUAUGACCAGCUAUGUGAAGCUUUGAAAAAUAGACUAGGAAAGCAUGAUGAGCACAUUCCAGCUAUUGCAGGUUCCUUAAGCAGAUUCAGUUCUGCUACUGUGGUGAGUCCCCUGGAGCUGAUCAGAACUCAAAUGCAGUAUCGCAGGUUGUCCUACAAGCAGCUGUACCUGUUAAUCAGCACCAAAGUGGCUGUAGAUGGGUGGUCCUCCCUGUGGCGGGGCUGGACUUCUACUAUUCUGAGAGAUGUACCUUUCUCAGCAAUGUAUUGGUAUAAUUAUGAACGUUUCAAGAAGAUGAUGUGCAAGGAAGUUGGUGCAAGUGAACCUACAUUUUUUGUUUCUUUUACUUCAGGAGCAGCAUCUGGCUCUAUUGCAGCUGUCACAACUCAGCCAUUUGAUGUAGUGAAAACACAUAGGCAGACUCAACUUUGGGAGACUGAGACCUUAAAAAUUCCACAGAGGGACAGUAAAUCAACCUGGGCAAUUAUGAGGAAAAUUGUCGCUAGAAAUGGGAUGUCUGGAUUAUUUGCUGGUAUCACUCCGCGGCUGUUCAAAGUUGCUCCUGCUUGUGCCAUAAUGAUCAGCACGUAUGAAUAUGGAAAGUCUUUCUUUUCUCAUUUAAAUGAAAAAAAGAAUCAACGUCCUUAAUUCUUCUUCAUCCAAUUGUAUGAAGUCAAUAAUAGAAGUUGUGCCAAUUUAAAUCUGUGAAGAUGUUUUUUAGAAUUCCCCUUCCAUAGAAUUUAGAAUUCUACCAUUACAUUUGGUAACUAAAUAAAGUUUCAUUUUUAACUUUCACAAAGGAUUAAUUCACUCUUUCUAUUAAAACUAAGAAAAUACAUGUUACCCUUAAAUUAUCAUUGAAGAUUUUAUUACUUUUCUUGCAGCUGGAGAGAAAAAAGAAAGGAAGGAAGAACAAAAGAAAAAAGGAGGAAGAGACGAAAAAUUGAGGCUGGACAUAGCAAUGAAUAAUAAUGACUUCCACUGUGUUAAAUUUUCAGUCAUGAUUAAAUAUUUUAGCUGGGUUUUAAAAUUAUGUUUAAAAAUGUUUUGAGUUUCCAAUGGUAAGAUGUAUUUAUUUCUCAGUAAGGAGGUUGAUACAGAGUAAAUUCAAUACUUAUUUUUUCUUGCUGCUUGUUACGUGUUUCAUUCUGUACAUUUGUUAUUUGCAGCUCUGUAUUUUGUGUAAGUGCAUAUUAUAAAACCUUCUCAGGUUUAUUUUAAAAGAAAAAUUCUGUCAAAUUGGAAAAAUACUUAUGCUCAUUAGACACUGAGAGAGCACAGUGCAUACACUGAUAGGGGCUGCAGGGGCUUUUUGUUUAAGGUAAUACUCAAAGAAAAUAAAGCCCAUCUCUGCAUUGAAGCCAACGGUGCUCUGCAGGAACACUCCUUGCAUGUUUCUGGGAGGUGCACGUUGUCACUGUCACCACACUCCAGGGCAGGGCCAGGCCAUGCACACUUUGUGUGGGGUCACCUGGUUCUGUGCCAGCUUGACUCAGCUCUGUGCCCCUCUGAAGGGAAGAGCACGUUUGCGUUGCUGCCGUAGCCACCCUCUGCCCCAGUGUGCUGCACUCCAGGUAGGAGCAGCUACAGCACUGCACUUGACUGUAGGCACUCAAAUUACUAAAUCAGAGCUGCCUCUGUAUGAUCUAAAUUACUUUUUAACUACCCUCACUACCUCCCUCCUUUCGUGCAUUUUCAAUGCUGUUGUUGAAUUCCAUUUUUUGUGUAUUUUAAUGAGGGGGGUAAAGACGUGAGGUUCCACGUGAGGUAUACCAUAGUGCUGGCAAAAGGUGCUGCCAGAGGAAAUGUUUAACACUGUUCUUCCACUGUGACUUUUGAGUGUAAAUUUACAAAAUAAGGCCUAGGGGAACACAGCAGCAGCAGAUAUUGAAUGACACUGAAUGAUACAGUGCAAGAACAACACUCUUCCCCCUUGUGCAAGAAAAGUAUUUGCUAUAAAUUCAGUAAUGCUGUAAUUUACUGAAUGGUCUUACUUUAUCCUGUGUGAUUAAAACAGAGACAACAACUUGUAAGUAGUGAUGAUACAAAAUUUUUAAUUUACAUGCAACGUUUAUGGAACAUCAAGGCAACAAAACCAUACAGUUUUGGUGGUUUAAAAUUAUUUUUAAAAAAUGGUUAAUGUUUAGAACUGAGAAAGAUGCACAUAACUGAUUGCUCAUGCACAAAAUGACACCCAGAAACACGUGUCAGACUACAUAAAAGACUUCAGCUAAACGACACAUGUAGCUCUAAGAAAAGAGCCAUCAGUGAACACGACUGAAGAUCAUGAUUACUGCCCCCUCCAAAACACUAAUGUGGUGUGAGAAGUGUUUAACAGCAAACAAGACCGAUUAAAUCACUGUACAUUGAUGCAGAAUGUUAACUUGUGGAAUCUGGAUUCCCUCAUUUUAUUUGUAGUAAAAAUGCAUCUCUAGUUUACAAAUUUAUAUUUAAUAAUGUUACUCAAGAAACAGGUGCUUAAUGUGAUAAAAAAAAGAAAAAGUUCCAUGAAGUAAUGGACAUUCUGAACAUGUAUGAAAGGAUUUAAUGGUCAGAAUGGUUUUAGUACAGAGAAAUUACCUGUGUGGGUACAUGAGGGCUUGAAAGACCUGGUGGUUUUGUUAAACUGCUUUAAAAUUCUGCAUUAAAAUAGCAUCAGUGGUUGUGUACCCUGCCAUGGAUAUAGUGACCUCCAGCAGCAUGGAUUAGAGAGAUGAGGAGAUGGAUUCUUAUCCUCUAGCUAAAUCCAGCAGCGCCUUGAGUUCCAGAAAUGCAUAGCCUCGUACUUAAAAAGACUAAAUAUUUCAGUUAAGGUAAGAAUGAAUUCUCUUUUUUUCAAGCCUGCCCUAUGACAACCAGUUUGAAGUAGUAGUGCCAAGGUAUCAUCACAAGAGGCAAAUCAACUAAACCUGUACAGAGUGUAGUGACAUACUGUAAACACCUAGGAGUAAGCAAUAAUUAAAAAUCUGUCUUGUAUUGCAGCUACUCAUGUAAACAAUUUAUGAAACUUCUUUGGCACAAAAAAGCAUUUCCCCUAGCACUUAUAAAUACAACAUACUUACAUGCAUUUCACUUUUGUUGAAAAAGUUACUAAUCAUACUGAUAAGCAUUACCUUGAUUAGCAAAAUUCAUAGAUAAAGGAUCCAUUGUAUCUUACAAAGAAUUAAGAAUAUAGUUUGCAAUUCAAAAAUUAUUUUGCAAACUUUGAAACUGGGUAAUCUGGAAAGUUAGUUACAUUUAAAAAAAGUCUACCUUUUUUUUUCUCCUAUCAGUAAUUUAAAUCAAUGGCAAGUAAUUUGAGAAAACUGACUUAAAGAUGUUCGUUCUGCUGUAUUACCUAAGCAAGAAAAAUACC